CAUCAAUCCAUCACGCCAUAGUCCAUAGAUCGAAACAAUCAUCUGUGUUCUUUCCUUGACUCCAUUUCAGUCGGAGAUUUUCAGGAAGAUAAGAAAUUACAUAAAAUGCAGGCAUCAAGAGCAAGACUUUUUAAGGAAUACAAGGAGGUGCAAAGGGAGAAAGUAGCCGAUCCAGAUAUCCAACUUGUUUGUGACGAUUCCAACAUAUUUAAAUGGACGGCACUUAUCAAGGGACCAUCAGAAACUCCUUAUGAAGGCGGGGUUUUUCAGCUUGCGUUUUCUGUUCCAGAGCAAUAUCCCUUACAGCCUCCUCAAGUGAGGUUUUUGACUAAAAUAUUUCAUCCAAAUGUACAUUUCAAGACUGGAGAAAUUUGUCUGGAUAUCCUGAAGAAUGCUUGGAGUCCUGCUUGGACACUCCAAUCUGUCUGUAGGGCUAUAAUUGCUUUAAUGGCCCAUCCAGAACCUGAUAGCCCAUUGAAUUGUGAUUCAGGAAAUCUUCUUCGAUCUGGUGAUGUACGAGGAUUUCAGUCGAUGGCUAAGAUGUAUACGAGGCUUGCAGCCAUGCCCAAGAAAGGUUGAAUCAUCAUCAUCAUCUUUUUCUUCGUGUAAGAGUCCAUAUGACCAAUCAUAUUGUAUUUGUACUUGUUUGUUAUGAAAUUGGGAAGAUGUAUAUGGAAGAUCCUCCCUCUAUGGCAAGUAGCUAUGAUAUGAAAUGUUAAGGCAACUUAACAGACACAUGCAUAUGCAUAUCAUAUAUCAUAUAUGAUUGAUUCUAAUAAGCAUCUUUCUGUUGGAAUCCAUAAUGCAAAGGUGGUUGAUUGGUUGGUUU